AUUAUUAUUUUGUAUGUCAGAAAAUUGUCAUUCAUGUAGUAGCUAAAAUAUAAAAAUUUAUAGCAAAAUAUUUACACAAUCACUGCAAAAUUCAUGUAGAUAUUUAAAUGAAUUGUAAAUAGCAGACAUUUUUGUAUUGUGUAUAAAUUAAGCGUGUGCUAAAUUCAAAAUUCCACUAUGGAGGAGGCAGAAGAUCGGCGAGUGCGAAUUACAAAUACUAUUGAAGAUCAUGUACCCUCAAAAUCAAUACAUAUGAAACGAAAGAAGCGACUAAGCAAAGUGGGACAAGCCCGACCGAUUACAGAUGUUUGUCGGAAAACUGUAGGGGCGCCUCCGCCCAAUGUUCCUACGAAGAAAACGCUCACUUGGUGGGAGCGACCACCUAUAAAAUAUGCAUUCAGCAUGUUGCCUGUACGAAAUAAACUGGAAAUGCUCAUGGGAUCUAAUCUGGUCUGUCUUACCGACCGCGAUUAUAUGGUUUAUCUUCAAAUCCGUAUGUUGGAUGAUUAUGAAAAAGCCAUCAACAAGCGAAUAGCUCUCCGCCAGGUGGAGGAAAUGGAACGUGUGAAAAAUCUAGUCCUAAACGGUAAAAUACCCUUGGAUGAAGCUCCGAUUGAAAUGGCCAAUCAUCCUGUGAUGUUGAUCGAUCAGUAUUGCAAGAAGGUGCUCGCUGAACGUCGCGCAAAGAUGAAGGUCCUACGACCUUUCAUACCAAAAUAUUUGUAUUGGGACGACACGCCAGAUCCGCCUUCAGGAUUAUCCAUCGAAAGCGGCCAUCGCCUACGUCCGAACAAUGAAAGAUUAUGCAUUCCACCCGAACUUUUCUUGGCAACCGAAGUAUCGGAAAAUUUGGCUGAUGGAUACAUGUUAGAACAAGAACAGUAUGAAGCUUUACACUAUGAGAGUGAAGAUGUUAAAAUGCUCCGUGCAAGCGAGACGGUUGAAGAAAUGUAUAAUGCUGCUGAUGAAGUGUUAGGUAUUAUUGGUUUAUAUGAAGUGGAAGAAGAAGAAGUAUCUCAUGCUGGUAGUGUUGUUUCAGAAGUUGUAGUUAAUUAAAUUUUUGUAGGAUUAGUUUAAACAUUUUAUUAUAAAAAUUUUAAUUAAAUAUAGUAUCAAUGCAGUUGAUCUUUAAA